AUGGUGAAGGUAAAUAUCGAUUUGUUAUAUCCCGUAGAUACUGCAGACGACUUUUUUGUCGGGGACGAAGUAGAAAUAAGUGAAUCCACUCCGUUAGGAUCUAUUCUGCUAGAUGACACUGGCAAUUCUGAUGAAUCCAGUGGUUAUGCUUCGUGCGUGCAGUCCUCCAAAAGUGGUUCACCGACUCCACCUCGUCUAAAGACUAUCCCGUCACGUCAUUCUGCUGUUCGUGUAGUUUCACCUCCAAAUACAGUGUCGCUAACCAAUUCGCCGCGAAAAAUCCAUGUAACGCGCAUCGAUCCUCCCAAGUUUGGGACUCAUACAGUUCAAGCAGUUAUACAUAAAACCCCUCCGAAGACGUUGGGCGUGAAAGCGAAUCGUGUUCACUUCAUUUUACGACCAUUUUCUGCAGAGUCUUCGAAUAUAUCACUGUCAUCUGACGCGAUGAAUUCUCAGGAAAAGACAAGUACUUCUCAGAAAAUAUCUUACCUGAAUGAAGGUUCACGUAUCGCAAAUUCUGAAGAUAUAUAUGAGUUAGUGCGUAACACUAAACAAGAAGCACCUUUUGACCAUAAUGAGGUUUUACAGUCAUCAACAUCCAUUGGUUCGCAUUCAAGUUCGGAAUCAGACAGCAGAGACAACUUUGACGAUGAAAUGACAUGCCAAGAAUUCUUUCUAGACCAUGACAACAUCACUACAAGUCCAUCUAAUGGAAUUGGUUCUCGUAAGCUGCUAGCUAAUCACUUAAAUUUCGACCUUACAAGUCAUUCUGAAGAUAUAUCAUUUGGCAAAGGUCUUUCCAGAUUGUCUGAUAUUGAUUCAUUAAUAUACAGUGACAGUCCACUGAAUGAGUAUCGAAAGUCAAAUAAGGUUGCACAGCAGCACUUUUUCCACGAUUGGCCUAGUUAG